AUCGUUAAGGCGACAACAAACAUACCGCUUGUAACGUUUCAUAUUUAAUAUUUAUAUAACAAAGUUUAUUUAAUAGAGUUUGCAAUGGGAUUGUUACAAAUACUUAUGUUAUUAAUAUUGAAUGCUCCAGUGCAAGUUGUGGUUGCAUUCGACUGUCCCUUCGGAACAUGCACCCUUCAAUUGCCAAACUGUUCAGUCGCCGCAGACAUGAUUCGUUUCUAUAACGACAAGACCUUUUGCAACGGUCGCGGUGGUAUCAUCUCGAAGGCGGGUAUGAAUAAAACAUCCUGCUCCUGUUUCCCAUCCUACUACGGCACCGAAUGCCAGCACAACUACACUUUCGAGUUCAAUUGCACAUCGUCUGUGGAAUGCAACGGAGGCGUGUGUAAUGGAACCAAGUGUGAACGGUGUCCCUCUGGGUGGCGUGGGCAAAGAUGUGAAAUCGAGACAAUUUCAGAUCCUCCGGUCGGAACAAAGUGUGAGAAUGGCGGAUCUCCAUACGCUUUCGGAAACAGAACCGGGUGUCUCUGCGCUUGUGGAUUCAAAGGUGAUACCUGCUCAGAAAUGACACGAUCGGUUGUGAAUGAUACAAAAUGCAAUGAGAUAAUGUGUAAUGGACGAGGAUUCUGUACUAUUCGUCCAGACACAGACACGGCUUACUGUCGCUGCUUUGGAGAAUUCACCGGACAGUUCUGUCAAAAUACUUUAACAGAGCAAUCAACAAAGCUUCCUGAUGCCAUACCCGUAUCCACGACAUCAAGCAGUACAUUUACAACGAAAACUAUUACACCUACAUCCGCCGUUACUACCCCACUGACUUCACGCACAAGCACACCAUUUACUGAUGUAACGACUGAAGUAUGUUCUUAUAACCGCAUAUGCCUAAAUGGAGGAUCAUGCGUGCUUGUAGGUGGCAUACAACGGUGCAUUUGCGCUUGUGGAUUCCACGGUUCGCAUUGUGAAGUCAACCUUGAUCCUGCAAACACUUUCUAUGAUGACGCCUGCAGGUAUAUACCUUGUUUAAAUGACGGAACUUGUGUAAGGACGGCUGAUGGAUGCCAAGUAGAAUGCAAAUGUUCCCCGCAAUUCAGUGGAACAUAUUGUGAAAUAGCUAUUAAAACGACCUCACAAGCUCCAAAUACCUCAUGUAAAACAAGAUUUUCCGAAUGCGCAACAGACCGUGAUUGUGCCAACACAAAGAUUUGUAAAAUAGUGGAUAAGUGUGGCUCCACAAAAUGCUAUACAUAUUCUGAUGCGGAUAGUUCACAAAAUAUAUCUUGUAUUGCUAUAUCAAUGACUGCAUUGGUAAUUGUCAUAAUAGCCAUUUGUGGCUUUUUUUAUCGUAGGUAUUUCAAACAUUUAUGUUCUCGCAGAGUUGGUAACGCACGAGGCCAGCCAAGAGGCAGGAUCUACACCAUUUCCGGUGCUCACAUCAGUGUCCUCGAUGCCGGUAAUUCAUCCAAUAGUGACGACCUCCCAUCAUACGAUGAAGCAUGUGAGAAACCACCGGAUUAUUCGGAAAUUGUUAAUGGGUACCUAGCUAUUUUUGAGCGCCCUGGGACGCGUAUUCAAAGUAUUUCUGACUGCAUACAUUUAUAA